CACAAUUCGUUGUAGCGAAAAGUUCGAUAUUUCGCAACACGACGAGACGACUGCCGCCCCCCUCCUCGAAUUCCGACCGCCAAGUUAACGCGACACCAACGAUCCCGCAGCCGCAGACUCAAAACCAGGUCACCGAAUUUUUGAACCUGCACGAAUCUCUCUCCGAUCGUAUCGCAAAUAUGGGUGACGUUAUCAAGGAGGUGCCGCUCACGGCGGUCCGCGUUGAGGCCCUUGUGGUGAUGAAAAUCGUCAAGCAUGGCUCCGCGACCUUCCCCACGACCGCCACCGGUUCCAUCGUCGGCAUGGACGCCGACGGUCUCCUCGAGAUCACAAACACCUUCCAGUUCCCCACGGUCGACGUCGCAAGCACCGACAGCCACCAAAACAGCCACCAGAACGAUGCCUCGGCCCUCGCUGCCGCCGCUCCCCGCCAGAAGGCCAACAUCGUCUACCAGAACGACAUGAUCAAGCACCUGAAGGAGGUCAACGUCGACGCUAACAACGUCGGCUGGUACACCAGCGCUGCCAUGGGCAACUUUGUCAACCUCAGCUUCAUCGAGAACCAGUACCACUACCAGAAGGACAACGAGCGGACAGUCGCCCUCGUCCACGACGUCAGCCGCAGCUCCCAGGGCUCCCUGAGCCUGCGCGCUUUCAAGCUCACCCCGUCAUUCAUGGCCGCAUACAAGGAGGGCAAGUUCACGACCGAGAGCCUGAAAGCCUCUAAGCUCACCUUCAAGGACAUUCUCGCCGAGCUCCCCGUCGAGAUUCACAACACCCACCUCCUGACCUCGUUCCUGCACCAGCUUCCCGGCCUCCCCGAGCAGGACAAGAUCGAGUCGCCCAACUCCUUGUCGGAUCUGCGCGACGACCCCCUCAAGCAGCAGCUCCACCCCUCGGUCGAGAACCUCGACCUCUCGAUAGACCCCUUCCUCGAGAAGACGUGCGACCUCCUGCUCGAGAGCAUCGAGUCCCACUACACCGACCUCAACAACUUCCAGUUCUACCAGCGCCAGCUCGGCCGCGAGCAGGCCAAGAUCACGCAGUGGCAGACCAAGCGCAAGGCCGAGAACGCGGCGCGCGCGGCGGCCAAGCAGGCGCCGCUGCCCGAGGACGAGUGGCAGAGGCUGUUCAAGCUGCCCCAGGAGCCCAGCCGGUUGGAGGGUAUGUUGAACGCGAAGCAGGUGGAGCAGUACAGCAAGCAGGUGGAUGGAUUCACGGCCAACAUCAGCGCCAAGAUGUUUGCCGUCAGGGAGAACCUGCUGCCCAAGCGGGCUUAGAUGGACGCUUAAGGCAGGCUUGGGUCAUUAUUUCGCGGCUCCGUGGAUGUGGACGGACAAGAACCAAAAACGGAAGGCCGGCGAGAGACGAAGAAAGGAGGGGUGCAGUGCAGAGGAGGAGAGCAGAGUCGAGGCGAGGGCAGACACAAAAAGGAGAGGAAUUACCUUAGAGAACAGGUGUUCUGGGAAUGAUGAAUGAUCUGGGGCAGCGGAUCAAAGCAUUCGAAACGGCGUUACGGUAAUUAGUCCCAGGCAGUGUGUACUGAGUCGAUAUUCGAUGUCUUUUCUUGCAUUCCAGAGCGACGGGCUUUCCUCUCUGGGUCGCGG